CAAGAUACAACAUAGGUAGGUACGUGAACGUGAUAUCGAGCUGGGAACCUGUGAGCUGAAUGGAGAAGACAGAAGUCAGAAGAGAGCGAGCAUAAAAGUUUAUUCCCUUCUUCGAGAACGCAUAUGAGGUACAGAACAAGAACACAACGGCCACAACGGUAAAUGUAUGUAUUUCGAAACGAAUCAAAUUCAGUUCAUUCGUGGAUUUUCGAAAAAAUACAUUCGGCGAAAUGGUGCGGUGGUUCGCUUUUGUUUUUUACAGUCAGACAAUUCAAUUUCGGGGUUGAAUUUUUCGAUGUCUUGAUGUCUUUAUUGCUGCCUAGCCUAUUCAAAGCAUUUAAGAAAAAAGAAAACAAAAUAAUAAAAAAAGAAAAGAAAACAAUCUCAAGUGAAUGGAAUUAUAGAGUUGUCUUUCAUGUCUCGCACAAUUUGCGACCGGAAGUUGCUCAUACGCAAAGAGUGUAGUACCUCUACUAUUUAACUUAAUUUACGCGCAGUUUUUUUCUUUGCAGACGAUGGGUCGUCCUCGUCUUCGUCCGUCAUCGUCAUCGUCGUAGUCGUUGUCGUCCUCGUCCUAGUCGUCGUCGUCAGCUGCAAAUCGUCUCACAAAAAAACAAGUCGGUUUAAAGAAAUUUACCAUAAUACAUCCAUUCGGGAAAAAAGAAAAUAAAUAACGUUCGAUUGAUUUUAUAUAUCGUAGGAGUGCGCAUAAAAUAGCAACUUCGCAUAAAUAAAGUUUGUAAUCGCAUCGGGAUUUGCGUCAACACUUUGAUUGCAAAUACAACAAAAUUAAGUUCGGAGUAAAUACACCUAAACGAAUAAGGCUGAUGCUGUUACAACUGCUAAUGCUACCACGUGGAUAUUGUGGGGGCAAAACAACAAGAAGAUACGUUUUUAAUAUCCGGUGCCAAAGUACACAUAAAUGUUAGGUGCACAAAUAAAAAUGUUUAUAUUUGUAAAGAAGAAAAAAUCAACCUUUAAGCUUUUAGCUAAAAAAUUCUAAAGUAAAAUCGAUUUUUGUUUUGUAAUAAAUUGUUUUUUUAAACAAAAAGUCCAUAACAAAAAAAAAACAGUCGCAAGACAUUCGGUUACAUUCCAUUUAACAAAAUUCAAAGUAAGAAAUCUUAAAAAAAAAAAAAACUAAACUAAAAACUAAAAGAAAACAUCACACAUAAUUUAAAAUAAUAUCAUUAUGGGCUGUGGACAAAGUAAAAUACAUCUUUACCCAAGAAAAUCGAAGAGCAAGGCAAAUGGAAAGAAAAGUGGCCACGUUGAUACAGAUACAGAUGCUGACGAAGAAGAAGGCCACGUUGAAGAAGGUGAAAGUGAACUCAACAGAGACCGAAACGAUAGGACUGAAGAUCUACUUGACCAAGGGGACGAUGUAAGAGAUUCUUCCGACCAACCCAAUGGAGAAAUAUCGGUUUCACUGCUACGAGCAAAAAACUUAUCUCUUUUACAAAGCCAGGAAAUCUCUUCAAGUCAACAGAACUUUUUUCGAAUGCUUGAUAAAAAAAUCGAUGAAGGUCCUGAUUACGACUCAGCUAGUGAAACCGAAAUAGCACUGGAAGAGGCGAGACUAAACGCUUUAGUUCAGCAUUGGGAAUCGGCCAGUUUAACUGCAUCGAUGUGUUCAUCAGCGAGCCGCUCAUUGCAAACUACACCUGUAAGGCAAGUGCCAACAAGGCAACCACCACCUCUUGUAAGGACACUUGUCCAGAAUUCCAUGCCACAGCAGCCGUUAAGCGCUGACCUUCUACCUCAUGGUGCAACUGCACCCCAGCAAGGACUGGUUAUGGUAGGGCCACCACCAAAUGUGAUAGCCCAACAACAAGUGCAACCCGGAAUGCCUCCCAAUCAGCAAUUGAACCAAAUUAUAGGUAUUGGAGGAAUUGUGAUGGCAGGUGUUCCACAAUCGCAGUCACAAAUGAUGGCCAAGGUAAAUCUCAGUCCAAAGCGUGUUGAUCCUCGUGCUAUGAUGCAAUUGAACCAAAAUGCUCUGCAACAAGCAUAUGCUAUACCACCGUCGCCGCAACAAGCAGCCAUGAGUACGGGCCGCCCACCGCGUUCACCUCAAGUUUCGGUAGGACCAAGUCCAGUUGGCGGCCUUGCCACUCACAUGCACAUGGCCUACUACGGACAACCACAGCCAACGCAGUCAACUUACUUUGGAGAAGUACUUCAUCCUAUGCAGGUACCUCAAGCACCCCCUGAAUACCGAUUUCCACCUGCGAUUAGUGUUCAACGUCUAGCACCUCAGGUGCAACGACAGCUGCGCGAAACACAGGAAUUAAUAAAAGACUCUUGCCCGCAACUCUAUGCGGCUGGUUAUGGAAGCCCGGGUCCCCCAAUGCGUAGUCAGCCUAGAAAUGCAGCAAGGAGGCCCACCCUGGAGACACAAUUUUCCCAGGAGUUAUCGUGAUAUCUAGAUUAUUAGUUCAAAUUGUAAAAAAAAAAUACCAAAAAUUCAACAGUUAUCCAUUUCAUUCAUCCCUUAACCCUGAUAUAAGUUCUUUUUUUUUCAAAACUUUAAGCGUACAUCUGUAGACGAUUAAAGACAUAAUUUUACCGUAAUUGUAUAAUGUACGUAGGUACCUAACAUAAUUCUUGUAUUUUUCUUUUUGUAAUUUAUUUAAGAAAACAAAACAAUACACAAUUUUUUGGGGGUAAGGGUGUGUGUAGUUUUAAAGUAAGCAAACAAAAAAUGGCCUAAUUUUAAGUAAGAUAAUAGGGUAAAUAAUAAACAAAAAGAAACCAAAAAAAUACAAAACAAGGAAAUAAAAUAACAGGGUUGAGUCCACACUACAUUUUUAAAGUAUGAAUAAUUUUGUUGAUUUUAAAUAUUUAUAUAAAUGUAUACAUGAUGAGCAUAAGUUGAAAUUCCAUAUUAGAGGGAGGUAACUGUAAGAUAACCUAUCCUACUUUCCAUUUUUGACAUUUUUUACCCAUCUCAUCAGGGAUUUCUAUAUAAAGACAGCAAAAAUCAUAGACAGUUUCGUAUAGGUAGAGUCUUAGAAUUUCAAACUUUUCAAAAGCCAGAUGGAAUAGAUUCAUAUAAAAGGUGUAAUCCUGCGGUGACCUUCUGAACAAAACGAAUGUGAGGUUAUAAUGCAAAGCGUGGAGCAAUAUUUAUGAACCUUUAAGUAGAAGAAGAAUUUUAAUUUCCAUGAAUCAAAUGUUCGUGAAGCUGACUUUGAUAAAUGUUAAUGUAUCACCAACAUCCAGAUUCUCCGAAGUUUUACCUAAAAAAACUAAUGUAUAUGAUGGUCAUGCACCAAUGACAAUGGGCAGGUUCAGGCAACAUAAGGGACUUCAUUCGCAGUCAACUUCUUUCAACUUUGAACGUAAAUUUUGACCAAGGCAACUAGUUAGUUUUCCAAGUGACAUGAAUGUCAAAUUCAGAACAUAACUUCACAAACCUCUUCUUUAAGUUCAUAGUACAAGAACUACCGAACACAUUAUUGUCUACAAAACACUCCUCAGACAAGCUACAAGUCCAUUACGAUUUGUCUUUUGUACUAUAAAGAAAUAUAUCUUAUUUAUUUUUUAAAUUGACAAGGAACCCUUUUACAGAAAACAAAUAAAUUAUAGAGUAGUAAAGCUCAGCUUCCACUUGAAUGAAAAAACAUGAUCAGUUGUCAUUUUGACAUAAGUUGACUUGACUUGAUAGUUGGCGAGAUUUUUCUUGACUUACUUUCCAGACAACUUUCCAAUAAAGUUGCCUUAAUUGGAAGGCAUUUUUUUGGCAGCUGGCUAAUCAGAUAAUUCUUUCAAGUCCCGUAUGUCACCUGAACCUGCCCAAAUUUUUAAGUUGACAAAGUGAGACCCCUUCAAUAUAACAUGUUAAUCAAAAUCGAAGUUUUGAAUCCAUAACGCUGCUAAACAACAUUUUUUAUGAGCCCUUAUAAUUUUUGUUUAAAUUUUAUGAUUCCAUCCGAUCCGUAUAAAUCUGCAAGACACGUUAAUUGUUCAAAAUCUUUUUAAAAAUUCUGACUGAAUAAAAAACGUAUCUAAUAUUUUCUUCUUCUUCAGGCUUUCAAAAUUUAUAAUAUGGCUAGAAAAAAUCUUAACAUAUCGUUUUGGAAAUGAAAAAUAAUGAACCUAUCAUACUUUGACGAAAGACCAACAUAUUGACAAGACAUAGAUUGACACAUAUCAAAAAUAGCUACAGAUUGACAUACACUUUUGUUUUACUUGAUUCCUAAAUGUCAGACAGUGCCUCUUGUCAAAAGAUGUACGUUCUUAUAAAAGUGAAAAUGAACCAUGUGCCAAUCGGCAUGCAGACUAUUUGGCUAUGUGCCCAAUAAGCUCUUUCAUUGUUGAUGAAUAACUCGUAUAACAAAAAUAUCACAAAUUUUAGACUGAUUUUGCCUUGAAACACAUUUUAGAAACACGUCAUACAUCAAACGAUGUUUUUCGUACAAACUUGUAAAAAGGAGGAGCUUAACAGUGUAAAGCUUAGCAUAUACAGAUCGUUUAUAAUAGUCUUUACAAAUAAUCUUGUACAAUAUUCAUCAAUAGGUAGGUUCGGCCAACAUAAGGGACUUUUUUUGCAGUCAACUUCAUUUUUUGAACGUAAAUUUUGACCAAGGCAAGUGUCAUUAAUUUCAAAUUCAGAACUUUACUUCGCAAACCUCUACUUUAAGUUCAUAGUACAAAAAGUACCAACAAAAUGAUUGUCUUCAAAACACUCCUCAGGCAAGCUACAAGUCCAUCAAGAUUUGUAUUUUGUAUUGUAAACAAAUAUAAGUUAUUUCUUUUCCAAAUUGACAAGGAAUCCUUUUACAGAAAAAAAGUUGUGCAGAAAAUAAAUAAAUCAUAGAGUAAUAAAGUUCAGCUUUCAGUUGAAUAAAAAAACAUUAUCAACUGUCAUUUUGAUAGAAGUAGACUUGACUUGAUAGUAAGGAAGAUUUUUCUUGAUUUAAAGCCCUACUAUAAUAGACUUAACCGAAAGUAAGCUAGUGUCAAAACAGAACGAAAAGUUAUGAGAAUUUAUUGUCAAAACAAAAAGUAACCAUAAUGAAUUCAAGUAACUUAAGCAAAUGUCAAACGAAAUGGGUUUCAAAUUUGACAUUUGCUUAAGUUCGAGCAAGUUAGCGAAAUUUAACGAAAAAAAAGUGGCAUAUAAGGCUUCGUUAUUGGUUUGUUCCCUUAAGCUGGAUUAAGCUCGGUUAAGUCUAUUAUAGUUGAGGCUUAACUUUCCAGUCUACUUUCCAUAUAAGUUGCCUUGAUUGGAAGGUAAUUUUUUGGCAGCUGGCCAAUCAGAUACUAGAAACUUGCCUAACUUUCAAGUGCCUUAUGUCGACUGAACCUGCCCAAUGUCUCUCAUGACAUGAAAUAUAUAGUAGUGCACAUGGAGUUUAAAAUGAUAUUUUGAAUUCUUCAACAUAGCAAAAACGGUUUGUGGUAAGACAUUCCAAAUCCCAGUACGGCUGAAGAACAAAUCACUGUAUUUCACGGCUUAGGUCAAGGGUUAACUGAUGGACAUUCUUAGAAGCGCGAGUAUCACUGUUUAAGGGAGUUAAAUUACAAAUUAAAAAUUAACUUAAAUAAUUCAUGAAAUUUUAUGAUACAAAUCGAAGGAGAGUCAAAUUUUCAAAAGAAUUCAUUCUUUUAUGAAUGGAGUAUGUUAUGACUGCAAUUGAAAGAUUAUGUUCACUUAAUUUACAUUGAGAUUGAGACUGUCAAACUUUUGCAAUUAUUAGACUCCAAUAAAUUAUUUGCUUAAAAUAAUUAUUGUAUUCAUUUAAAGUUGUUAAGUUGUACAGAUGUGUGAUUGUUUAUGAUUGCGAGAACUUGAAAGCAAAACAUUUGAAAUAUUUAACCAGCCUUAUCAGGAAUUCCAUCGUAAUCGAAAAAAGCUAUUAGCAAACACGUUCGUAGUGAAAAAUCACAUACAAAUUUGAAUUACAAACAGAUUUUGUGAAACGCUUUUUCGAAAAUCGCAAAAGUUUCCGAUUACUAUGGAUUUCGUGGUAGGCCUGAAUAAUUCUCAAUAUUAAACAUUUACAUUUCGGUCUCACUUUUCACAUUGUAUCAUUUUAUGGAGUUUCCUUCGAAAGUUCCUAUUUGAAACAAAUGGUUAACUUUUUAAAAAAAAAUUCGAUAGAAAAUAGAAAGAAAAGAACAAAUCUCCGCAAACACCACUUGGUAAAAAUAGUCAAACAAAAGUGCAAAGAAAAUGCUCCGAAGACCAAAUUAAGGUACGAAAUAUAUUUUUGUUUAGAAUUUUAAUAAAUUUCAACUCAAAAUGGUUCGUUAUUAUUUUUUUUAGUCUUAUCUUUUUUCAUUAAAUUCCUAUUUAAUUACACAAUCCGAUAAGAAUGUAUUCGGAGUGAUACGAGUAAAUAAGCUGUGUAAUUUAUUUAUUAAGUGUUCUUAUUUGAAUACAAAAAGCUUCCUUCUCGUUAGCCCCCUCGGUUUUAUUCAUAUGCAUUUGAAUUGUAUUUAGAUACAUUAAUAUCAAUUUUAAAUGAAAUAAAUACUUUUCAAAUAUGAUAAUAUCUGAGCAGGUUCAUUUACCUGCAUUUCAUGCGAAGUCAUUUAUUCAUUUCAUUCCGUAACACUUUAAUUCAAAAUAUGUCUUUAUGUUAUGAUAUUCAUAACCCGAAAACAACUAAGUUAGGAUCGGAAACCUUCAAUCCAUCCAUUUUAUUAGAACUAUUUUUUACAUGCCAGUAGUACCCGUGAUGGUUAGUGCGUAGGACUGUCAUGCCAGAGUUCUUGGAUUCAAUUCCUGUCUGUGCCAUCUAAAGCUUUUCUACGGGUACUGCCUCUUGACAAAUCCUUGAAGAGCAAUUCUUGUCAUGAAAAAUGCUUGCUCAAAUUAGCCGUUCGGAUUUGACACAAAACUGUAGGUCCAUUCCAUCCCUGGCAACAUUACUCGCACACAGGAAUAGUUGAGAGUUGCAAGUCACUAGGCCCUAGUUCUCAACGGACUAAUGCGCCACCUAAUUUAUUUUAUUAUGGUUUACUCACCGACUAACGAAAUACACAAACAAAAUAAACUGACUUUAUAACGAAACAUACGUUUUUUAACUAUUUGAUGAUCGCUUACUUAAACUAAAAAAUACAAACAAACAGGAUUCACCCAAUAUUUACAAUCAUGACCCCCCAAAUUUUGAUCAGUAGCAAAUUGUAGCGAAUUAUUUGUAUCGCAUGUCGUGAUAGAUAAAUGCAUUUGAUAUGAAUGUAUGAUUUUUUUUAGAUUAAACAUUGAAGUGUAAAAUAUCUAAGUGUCAUUUUUGAUCAUAAUUCAUUCAAAGUAGAUUAAUGGAACUCGGUAAACGUUAAUAGAAACCAAAUCAACCUACCUAUUUCAAUACCUUUUUUGAUAAGAGAAAAAAGAAGUUGCCGUCAACAUUGUACGUUACUUCUUUAAGUUCAUUCCAUUCAUACAAAAAAUACAAAAUUAUUUUUCUUUAUUUGUUUGUAGUUCGAAACCAAUAACAAGAAACCAACAAAUUUACAAUAAAACCAAUAAAACCAAAAUAAAAAAAGAAAAAGUAAAAGUAAAAACAACCAACCGAUAGUUAACUAAUUUUUUAUACAAAUUGUGUAGUAUUUUCUAUGAAAAGUUUUAACGUAUAUUGAUAAUUUUUUCUUGACUGUUAGUAACCCAAAUGUGACCAUUUUUAUUAUUAUAAUAUUUGUUUUAUAUAUUAUGGUAAAAAAAAAAAACAAAAUACUUAAAAGUAAAAAAUAUUGUAUUAUCUUGCUUUUAAUUCUAGUCAUGCGGUUCUAAGUGAAAACAAAAAACAAACAAAAACAAAAAUAAAAGAAAAGAAAAAGAAAUGUUUGAAUAAACAAUGAAAGCAUUUAUUAAAUAAUAUUUAUUCAAAAAAUAAAAAAACUAUUACAAAACACAUUUAAGGCCUAGUCAAACAUUACAAAGAAAAAUAUAAACAUACGCUCAUGGUGCGAAAUAUUUUAUUUUGUUGAGCUAAACUUUAAGGACAUUUAUGUCCUGUUUCUGUUUGUACUGUAGUGGAUUUUUAAGAUAUUAGGAGGUAUUGAUUAUUAGUUAUUUAUUUAUUAAUUUAUUUUUAUUAUUAUUAUUAAAAAAAAUAUAAAAACUGUAGCUAUAUUGUAUGUGAAUAAUGAACAAAGAACACCGUCCGUGUUAGCAGAACAUAUAAACUGAGUAGAGUCACCUAGGACUUCUAUAUUAUAGCAAAAAAACUGAGACUUUUCGCAUUUUGUAAGAACCCUACAUUCCUUUUAUUUUUGAAAUAUCACAACAACAAUAAAAACUAUAACAACAACAAAAAAUAAAAUAUGGAUGUAUGCCAAAAAAAUAAAAAAGUCUUCAGAUUAUAAUACUAUUCCAAAAUUGUUGCCAAAAUACACUUUUUUAUCAGAAUUAUAUCUACAAAUCCGUGUUACUAAAUGUUAGGUGAAUCUAAAUAAAUAAUUCUGAAUUUCAAUUUAAUUAAAAAUGAUUAAAAAAAGAAAACUAAAAGUUGUCCCCUUCCCAUCCAUCCCGCCAUCAAAUUAUAAGGAAUGAAAAAAUUAUUAGACUAGAUUUUAAGAAAAAAAACAAAAUAAA